GCCCCGCCCCUGCUGUCAACGUGUAACUGCUCUAACGUUAACUGCUUUAUCUAUGUUCUAUUUCAGUGCUCCACUGUCUGAUGUUUAUCCAGAAGUGUUUUCACACAAUGAACCCGAGCAGAGGAGCAUUAUGGGAAGCGCCGAGAGAGGCGGAAGCGUCCUCACUCAAACUCAGAGCAUUGUGAAAGUGUCCUGACACAAGUGUCUGAGCUCAUAUCCGCCGCGAUGGACCUGAAGGAGAAAACUGUGGCGGCGCUGAAGAAACACGACAGCGGCGGGCAGAGUCUCCGUUUCCCGGAGCUUCCCGCAGCCUCGGUGCUGAUCCCGCUGCUGCUGAGAGACGGACAGCUUCGGCUGCUGCUCACCGUGCGCGCCAUCCACCUGAAGCAGCACGCCGGUGAAGUGUGUUUCCCGGGAGGAAAGCGCGAGCCCGGGGACCGAGACGAGGUCCACACCGCGCUCAGAGAAGCAGAGGAGGAGAUCGGGCUUCCUCCGGACACGGUGCAGGUCAUCUGCACACUCUUCCCCGUCCUCAACAAGACUGGUCUUCUGAUCACUCCGGUCGUGGCUUUCAUCGAGGACUCCUUCGAAGCGCGGCCGAACGCAGACGAGGUGAGCGAGGUGUUCACCGUUCCUCUGGAGUUCUUCACGAAAGCGGCGGAUCACGCCGGAUAUCCUGUGCCCAGCGUCUUCGGCCCGACCCACAGCUUCAUGUACACGGACCCCAGCACAGGCAGCAUCCAGCAGAUCUGGGGUCUGACCGCCGCUCUGGCCAUCACCGUCGCUGUGCUGGCGCUCGGAGAGAAGCCCGAGUUCGACCUGGGCUUCAGCCUGGACGAUCCUGCUUCUGCGUUCAGAGACAUGCUGAGUCGCAGACUGAGCAAGUUAUGACGACGCUGCAGAUUCAGACCAGGAGAUAUGAUUUACUGUCAUUCAACACUUUGGAUAUUCUUCAUUUAAAUAAAAAUGUUACUUUUUUUUUUUUUAUAAUUAACUCAAUGAGGGUGUAUUACACAUUAAUACUGAUAAAUAUGCUUCGAUACAUUUGUGAAGAUGCUGAUAUGAUGUAAGGGGGAAACAUUUAUUUAUAAAGUACUGAUACUGCACUAAACUAUACUCAUUAAUUAUAAUAAAUUACUAAAUUGUUUACAUUCACAUUGAA